AAAAUUAUGUGGCUUCCACUAACCGAACUUGAGUUGCGGUAAGGCCACCAGGCAAGUUCGGGGCUCGGCGGUCAGAGAGAGAAAUGACUCUCUUACGAAGAGCUUCUGCAAGCCUCCCUCCAGUUGUUCAAUUUAUAAACAGGCCAAUCCAUUCAUUGAAACUCACAGGAGAGCCCCCUGACUCCUCUUCCUCUCCGACUCUUACCCAUGGCAUACAUGUAUUCCACUGCCCUGAUGUAGUGGGGAUUGUAGCGAAGCUAUCCGAGUGUAUUGCUUCAAGAGGGGGAAACAUACUAGGAGCUGAUGUUUUCGUGCCCGAAAACAAGACUGUCUUCUAUUCCAGAAGUGAGUUUAUUUUCGACCCUGUUUUAUGGCCACGAGAACAAAUGGAUGAGGACUUCUCCAAGCUGUCAAAAAUGUUCAAUGCUAUGAGAUCUAUAGUCCGAGUGCCUGAUAAAGACCCCAAAUAUAAGAUUGCAGUUCUUGCUUCAAAGCAGGAUCACUGCCUAGCCGAUUUAUUGCAUGGAUGGCAGGAUCGUAGGCUUCCAGUUGAUAUAACUUGUGUGAUAAGUAAUCAUGAUAGAGGUCCAAACACCCAUGUGAUUCGCAUUCUUGAAAGGCUUGGCAUUCCUUAUCAUUAUUUGCGGACAACCAAAGAGAAUAAAAGGGAAGAAGAGAUUUUGCAAUUGGUUCAGAAUACUGAUUUUCUAGUACUAGCCAGGUACAUGCAGAUAUUGUCAGGUAAUUUCUUAAGGAGUUAUGGGAAGGAUGUAAUUAACAUUCACCAUGGCCUCUUGCCAUCAUUUAAGGGUGGUAAUCCAUCUAAACAGGCUUUUGAUGCUGGUGUUAAAUUGAUUGGUGCAACAAGUCACUUUGUAACUGAAGAACUUGAUGAAGGGCCUAUUAUUGAACAGAUGGUUGAGAGAGUUUCCCAUAGAGAUAAUAUCCAAAGUUUUGUACAGAAAUCUGAGGACCUUGAGAAACGGUGUCUUACGAAGGCUAUAAAAUCAUACUGUGAACUUCGAGUGUUACCUUAUGAGGUAAACAAGACUGUUGUAUUUUAAGGGGAGAGGAAAAAAAGAUGGCUAAUGAAGUUGCAAAGGCUAGCUCUGUACAUAGAUUAUAUAAUUUUCUCAAAGUAUUCAAUCCUGAUGUCACUUUAAAUAUACAAACACAUGAAAUUUCGUUGGUAAA